UUGACUGUGUUAACAUCCAAGUAAAACAGAUUUACUGUGGGAUAUUUGAGAAGAUGUCAGCACUAAUUUCGUCCUGCGUUUCUUAUCUCAGAGGCAUGAAUGUUCUCAAACACAGCAUGAAAUGGAAGUUAAGCAGCACAUGUUUGCUCCAGUGGUGUCGCUCUCUCCAUGUGGACAGUCCUCCUCACAAACCCUCACUGACCAGCAGCUAUGUCCAUGGCACGUCAUCUGUCUCACUACUCCCCCUGACUGUGAGCCAAUGCCUGGACACCACAGUCCAACGCUGGCCUGAACGUGAAGCUGUGGUAUUUCUGCAUGAUGGCAUCCGGAAAACCUUUGCCCAACUGCAGCACGAUGUUGACAAAGCUGCUUCAGGUCUUCUUGCUUUGGGCCUGAAGCGAGGAGAUCGACUGGCAGUUUGGGGACCGAACACCUAUGAGUGGAUCCUUUUCCACUUUGCCACAGCCAAGGCUGGAAUUAUACUGGUGUCUUUGAACCCAGCCUAUGAAGCGAAGGAAGUGGAGUUUACUCUUCAGAAGGUCUGCUGUAAUGCAGUGGUGUGUCCUAGCCAAUUUAAAAGCCAGAAGUUUUGUGAGAUACUGAGACAGAUCUGCCCAGAGAUCGACACAGCGCCAGUAGGCAUGAUCAAAAGCUCCAGGUUGCCAGGCUUACGAAUGAUAAUUGUGACCGAUAGCAGACAGCCAGGGAUGCUCCAUCUAGAGGAUGUGAUGCAAGCGGGGGAGGCUCGGCACCACAAAGAGCUGUUGGAUCUGCAGAGCAAACUGUCCUUCGAUGAUCCCAUCAACAUUCAGUUCACAUCUGGUACUACUGGGAGUCCAAAAGGAGCCACUCUUUCUCACCACAACAUUGUAAAUAAUGCAUACUUUCUUGGUCUCCGAACUGGUUUUGACUGUAGACCUCAGGUUCGAGUGUGUGUGUCUGUACCCAUGUAUCACUGCUUUGGCUCUGUAAUUGGAGUGAUGAGCAUGGCAAUUUAUGGGAUCACACUGGUCUUCCCUUCUCCAAGCUUCAACAGCCGUGCCAGUUUAGAGGCCAUUCAGAGAGAAAGGUGUAAUUUUGUUUAUGGCACUCCCACCAUGUACACUGACAUGCUCAACCAGCAACACAUACACAAAUAUGAUUUGUCAUCACUUGAGGCUGGACUCAUUGGAGCUUCUCCGUGUCCUGCUGAGCUCAUGAGAAAAUUGAAAACAGACAUGAAUAUGAAAGAAAUAAUGGCCGUCUAUGGAACCACAGAAAACAGCCCUCUGACAUUUUUGGGAUUCCCACUAGACAACGAGGAGCUGAAGAUAAAUACUGUUGGUUGUAUCAUGAGUCACACUGAGGCUAAAGUGGUGAACCCUGAUACUGGGGAGAUUGUCCCUCUCGGGGUCACAGGUGAGCUGAUGAUCAGAGGCAGUUGUGUGAUGCACGGGUACUGGAACGACCCUGAGAAAACCAAAGAGGCUAUCUCCACAGACCGCUGGUACAAGACUGGUGACAUAGCCAGCCUGAACAGUCUGGGUUACUGCCGCAUUGAAGGACGCAUAAAGGACAUGAUCAUCCGUGGUGGAGAGAACAUCUACCCUGCUGAGAUAGAGCAAUUUCUCUUCAAACAUCCCAAAGUCCAGGAGGUGCAGGUGGUUGGAGUGAAAGAUGAGAGGCUGGGGGAGCAGGUGUGUGCUUGCAUCAGACUGAAGGUGGGCCAAACCUCCAGUGCAGAGGAGAUAAGAGCAUUCUGUAAAGGCCAGAUUUCCCGCUUCAAGAUCCCACAAUAUGUGAUGUUUGUGGACAGCUACCCUAUGACUGCCUCUGGAAAGGUCAAGAAGAACAAAUUGAAGGAGGCGAUGGAGGAGAAAUUAGGUCUUUAACUUUGUGGACCGAGCACCAAAAACUCCACAAUACUACAUACCUAAACAGCUGCUGGAGUGUAAUCUAUUUUAUUCUUGAAUUUGAUAACUAAGAAACCUGAAUAUUUACAGUUUAAACAUUGUCCAUUAGUAAUAGCAGAGUGGAAACUGAGUAAAUCCUACUAAUAAAGGCCACAAGAUUUGACUGAG